AUGAGGGCUUAUUUCUUAUUAAUUGCAUUUUCUAUAUUAUUCACAAUAAAUCAUUGUUUAGCAUACACUGUAACAAUAGCUCCUAAUGACAAAGAAUGUUUUUUUGAAGAUUUACAUCAUGAUGACAAAAUGACCAUAACUUAUCAAGUGGGUGAUGGUGGAAAUAUGGAUAUCGAUUUCUUGGUAAUGGAUCCAGCCGAUAAUGAAAUGGAGUCAUCAACUAAACAAUCAACUGGAACUUUUAGUUUUACAGCCAAGCUUGAUGGACGUUACACUUAUUGUUUUAGUAAUGUGAUGUCAACUGUCACUGAGAAAGUUGUCAGUUUCAAUAUACAUGGAGUUCUUUAUAUGCCUGAUGAUGAUGGAUCAAUUCAUACCGAUCCGUUAGAAAAAGAAAUUCGUGAAUUAGCUGAUGGUUUGGAGGCCAUUAAAGAUGAACAAGAAUAUAUUGUUAUGCGAGAAAGAACACAUCGAGACAGUAUCGGUGAUGAAUAUAUUAGAACAUACACUGUAACAAUAGCUCCUAAUGACAAAGAAUGUUUUUUUGAAGAUUUACAUCAUGAUGACAAAAUGACCAUAACUUAUCAAGUGGGUGAUGGUGGAAAUAUGGAUAUCGAUUUCUUGGUAAUGGAUCCAGCCGAUAAUGAAAUGGAGUCAUCAACUAAACAAUCAACUGGAACUUUUAGUUUUACAGCCAAGCUUGAUGGACGUUACACUUAUUGUUUUAGUAAUGUGAUGUCAACUGUCACUGAGAAAGUUGUCAGUUUCAAUAUACAUGGAGUUCUUUAUAUGCCUGAUGAUGAUGGAUCAAUUCAUACCGAUCCGUUAGAAAAAGAAAUUCGUGAAUUAGCUGAUGGUUUGGAGGCCAUUAAAGAUGAACAAGAAUAUAUUGUUAUGCGAGAAAGAACACAUCGAGACAGUAAGUUAUUAUAG